AUGGCUGCCACGCUCUCCUCCGUGGCUGCCCCUUCCCUCCCCAAGCACGGCUCCGUUAUCAGAGCUCAGCAGCAGGCGCCUCCUUCCAUCAUCUCGGCAUCAACUAAGACUGCCUUCCAUGGGGUGUCGCUGGUGGACAGGAGGUGGGCGGCCGGCUACCGGAGAGGCGGCGGCGGGCGGCGGAGGCUGCUGCAGGUGAACGCGAGGACCGCCGCCAAGAACAUCGAGGUGGAGGUCGACAAGCCGCUUGGGUUAGCCUUGGGCCAGAAGCCCGGCGGUGGCGUCGUCAUCACUUCUGUGGAGUCUGGAGGGAAUGCAGCAAGAGCUGGUCUGAAAGCUGGCGACCAGGUCUUGUACACAAGUAGCUUCUUCGGAGAUGAGCUGUGGCCUGCAGAUAAGCUUGGGUUCACCAAGACAGCCAUCCAAGCAAAGCCAGACUCCGUCUACUUUGUUGUGAGCAGGGGUGCCGAAGUUGAUGUGAAGCGCCUACCUAAGAGGCCGGCACCGCCUCGGUUUGGACGGAAGUUGACUGAUGCACAAAAGGAGAGAGCAACACACAUCUGCCUUGAUUGUGGAUUCAUAUACUUCCUACCCAAGCCUUUUGAAGAACAGCCUGAUGAAUAUGGUUGCCCACAAUGCAAUGCGCCAAAGAAGCGAUUUGCAAGGUACGAUGCUGCCACUGGGAAGGCCAUCGGCGAUACAUAUCUCAGUAGAACUGUAGAGGUGAUCAUGAGCUACUGGGGAAGCCCAGGCGGACCGCCAUCGUGGGCGGCGAGCCGGGGGCCAUCGCUGGUGGUGCCGCUCAUCGUCGUGGUGGCACUAGGAUGGGUCAUCUGCCAAGAGACCCUGAUGGGGUGGUACGAGACGGUGACGGAGUUGCAGGAGACGGUGACGGACAACGCCGUGCUCCUGGUCCUCGCCCUCGGCGCCGCAGCGCUACUGCUCACCUUGGCCGUGGCCGGCAACCGGAGCGAGGUGGUGCUGGUGCCGGUGGUGCUGGUGCUGGUGCUGGUGCCGGUCAUGUUCCUCAUCCAGAACAUCGUGCUCACCGCUCUCCUGCUGCUGGUGGUGGUCUACUUCGCCGGCAUAUACUACUACCGGCCGGACAGAGGGUACGGCUACGGGUACGGGUACGGCAGUGGUUUCGGCGGCGACUGGAGCGGCGGAGGGAGCGCCGGGCUGGGGUUCUACAUGCUGCUGCUGCUGUGCCUGGUGCUGUGCGCCAUGUUCUCCGACGGCGGCAGCGGCUGGUGGAUCCCAGGUGUGCUGCUGGUUGCGUGCGUGCUCUGCCUCAAUCUCUUCUCCGGCGGCAAAGUUUGGGCCUAA